CAUGCUGCAGAUGUCAUGGAACGAGCAAGCUGCCAACAACAGCCUCAGCUGGGCCAAAACCUGCGCUCUGGGUCACAGCGCGUCCGCCAACCGCAAGACACCGGUGUUUGGCUGCGGCGAGAACCUCUACAUCGGCAAUGCCCCCUUCACCUGGAAGUACGUGAUCGGUGAGUGGUACAACGAGGUGACUGCGCCGGGCUUCGUGUACGACAAGGCCGGCCAAGGUGCCGGUGUCGAGCACUACACGCAGCUGGUGUGGUACAGUUCUUUCCAGAUCGGAUGCUCCGUCAACUUCUGCGCGACUGCUAAGAAGUAUUUCUACGUUUGCCACUACUGCCCAGCCGGCAACCUGAACACGCGUCUCUCCCGGCCGUACGACAAGGGGAACGCGUGCGCCUCCUGCCCCAAGAGCUGCGUCAACAAGCUGUGCGUCAACCCCUGCAUGUUCACCGACUACUACUCAACCUGCGUCCAGAUGAAGGCGACCUACGGCUGCAGCAACAGCACGAGCGGCAAGGUGAUCCAGAAGAACUGCCCCGCCUCGUGCUACUGUGACGGGAAGAUCCACUAAAGCAACGAGGGCGACCACGCGGGCGGCGGUGGCGGUGGCGUUAAAAUCGUCGCGAUCGAUGAUCGACUCCACGCCGAGCCGUUCACGGCAGCGCACGAGUUUUUUUGGGGGGUGUUGGUGGUCGCGUGGGUUUUUUUUUGACGAAUGUUAUCAGAAUAAUUGGUGAAUUGAUAAUCUCAGCACGCUUCGGUGGGGGUCAGGGGUUAAGAAGGGCUGCCACCUUGUGUACUGCAGGCCAAAAGGGCAGAUGUUUCUCAGUUAGCACCAGGACCUGUUAUUAGAACUGUCAGACAAUUCAACAUCAGAGUUUGCCAGAUCUCGGUACAGACAAUAGUAAUAAUAAUGAUAAAACAUUUGUAAUGUAGUCAUAUUCUUUGGGUCUUUCGGUAAAGUCACGUAGACAGAUUUAUAAUGUACCCGUUGGCACGAUAAUUUACAUUCCAAAGUGUGUGGCUGGAUAGUGGAGUGUGUGGAUAGUGGAGAGUGUGGCUGGGUAGUGGAGUGUGUGGGUAGUGGAGUGUGUGGAUAGUGGAGAGUGUGGGUAGUGGAGUGAGUGGCUGGAUAGUGGAGUGUGUGGAUCGUGGAGAGUGUGGGUAGUGGAGUGAGUGGCUGGGUAGUGGGGGGUGUGGAUGGAUAGUGGAGUGUGUGGGUAGUGGAGUGUGUGGCUGGGUAGUGGAGUGUGUGGAUGGGUAGUGGAGCGUGUGGCUGGGUAGUGGAGUGUGUGGAUGGGUAGUGGAGUGUGUGGGUAGUGGAGUAUGUGGCUGGGUAGUGGAGUGUGUGGGUAGUGGAGCGUGUGGCUGGGUAGUGGAGUGUGUGGCUGGGUAGUGGAGUGAGUGGCUGGGUAGUGGAGUGUGUGGCUGGGUAGUGGAGUGAGUGGCUGGGUAGUGGAGUGUGUGGGUAGUGGAGUGAGUGGGUAGUGGAGUGUGUGGCUGGGUAGUGGAGUGUGUGGCUGGGUAGUGGAGCAUGUGGCUGGGUAGUGGAGUGUGUGGCUGGGUAGUGAAGUGUGUGGCUGGGUAGUGGUGUAUGUGGGUAGUGAAGUGUGUGGGUAGUGGAGUGAGUGGCUGGGUAGUGGAGUGUGUGGCUGGGUAGUGGAGUGAGUGGCUGGGUAGUGAAGUGUGUGGGUAGUGGAGUGAGUGGGUAGUGGAGUGUGUGGCUGGGUAGUGGAGUGUGUGGCUGGGUAGUGGAGCAUGUGGCUGGGUAGUGGAGUGUGUGGGUAGUGGAGUGAGUGGGUAGUGGAGUGUGUGGCUGGGUAGUGGAGUGUGUGGCUGGGUAGUGGAGCAUGUGGCUGGGUAGUGGAGUGUGUGGCUGGGUAGUGGAGUGUGUGGGUAGUGGAGUGAGUGGCUGGGUAGUGGAGUGUGUGGGUAGUGGAGUGUGUGGCUGGGUAGUGGAGUGAGUGGCUGGGUAGUGGAGUGUGUGGCUGGGUAGUGGAGUGUGUGGGUAGUGGAGUGAGUGGCUGGGUAGUGGAGUGAGUGGCUGGGUAGUGGAGUGAGUGGCUGGAGAGUGAUGAUCAUCAAUUCCUGCCUCCCGAACUGCAGAUGACAAACCAAACAGGUCAGGUGGCAACCCAUUCGCAGAAGGAGCAGUAGUUUUUCCUCUUAGGUGUUUGUUACGACCACUUUAUAUUGACGCUUCAUAUCCUAUCUCUUACAUUGUGUACGACUCUUUAUUCAUCAGCAUAAAAAAAAAUGAAAGGAAGUCGCGACAAAGAUGUUUAGAUGUACACACCGACGUGCGUGUGACGUGGAGCGGUGGUGCGACGGUUAGCGCACUCGGCCCUCAUUGAAUUGCCUGGCGCGGCAGCGUGUAAACAUCGCCACUGGGGAGACAAAGGCGGCCAGGGCGGGGUGUCUUGCCACCCCACCCCUUCGCGUCGUGCCCGGCCUUCAUAGGUUCUAACAGCGCUUGCUACAACAAUUCUGUUAAAGAGGGGGACGAUCCCGAAUGUGUGUGGAGGACACAGCAGUGUACAUCGUUGUGUAAUAAAGGUCGUUGAAGCGACUUCUGGAA